CCUACUGCUGUCAACUAAUCGACCGUCACUGGGCAACGGCGGUGUCUUGUUUGGCAGGGACGCUGCUUCCUGUUCGCAAAGCAGCGCUCCGAGUCCAAAUCCUCCUGCUAUCUUCUGCGGGGCUUUGCACCAAACAAGCAGGUGGCAGUGGGACACUGGACGCUCUAUGUUUAUGCUGUGUUGACCUCUGUUGACCUGGACAGCUCUACGUACCCCGUUCAUAAAUUGAGGCAUGCUUCAGGAGGUAUGGCUAGUGCUCACAGUGGCUGCUGCUACAGCGGUAGCCGUUGUGCCCUCACCGCCUACCAUGAUCAAGCAGCCCAAACACGAACAGCUUUACCAAGUAUCCCAGUCCCAGGAUGAACCAGACAAGCCUUUUGUUCUGGAAUGUGAGGCCCAGGGCAACCCUGAGCCUACGUAUGAGUGGACUAAAAACAACAAGGAGUUUGACUACGUGUCGUACGACAACCGUAUCUCUCAGCAGCCACACCGAGGCACGCUGGUGUUUACCAAACCAGAUGACGUCGACGAGGGUCUCUACCAGUGUCGAGCUACUAAUGUGCACGGCACCUCUGUCUCUAAUUCAGUCUUCCUUCGAAAGUCUGAGCUCAACUCAUUUGCUGAGGAGAGCACCAAGGAGGUUUACGUGAUGGAAGGAGAUCCACUGUCCUUGGACUGCAACCCCCCGACGGGCUACCCACGCCCCAACAUCUUCUGGCUAAUUCAGUACAGUAGCGGGGCCUUGCGCAAUGUCAACUCCUCACGCAUCACUGCAGACCCAGAGGGAGACCUUCAUUUCUCACGUGUGGAGAUGAGCGACGCUCUUGAAGAUGCUGUGUACACAUGCAGCGCUACGUCGGUGUUUAGGAGGGAGUACAAGAUCGGCAACAAGAAGCUGUUGCGAGUGGAACCUGCAUCAAGUGGGGGCCCUGCCAACCAUGCCCCCGUGCAACAGUAUGUCUCCCCUCCCAACAUUGUGGCACUCCGUGGACAGGUACUGCGCCUCUACUGCAUCUUUGGUGGAACGCCUCUACCUCAUAUCACAUGGAGCAAACGUGGCGCUAGCAGCAGCAGCAGUCGCUUUAACUACAUUGAUUAUGGCAAGACCCUGGAGAUUCGAAAUGUGGGCUUCGAGGACGAGGGCACCUACGAGUGUGUGGCCAACAAUGGCGUCGGUAUCUCAAAGUCCCAUGCCAUGAGUGUCAAAGUGGAGUCGGCUCCAUUUUGGCGAAAUGUAUCUGAAAAUUUGAAUGCUGCCGGAGAAGAGACUGUCAGUUUCGAGUGUGUGGCUGGUGGUAUUCCAGAGCCAAAACUGCAGUGGUUUGUCAAUGGAGUACCCCUAGAAAAAGCCGAACAAAACCCACGGCGUAAAGUGGAAGGGACAGUGCUCACUAUAGACAAGAUCACCAAGAAGGACACAGCUGUGUACCAGUGCAACGCAUCCAACCCACAUGGUUAUGCAUUCCGCGACUUCUAUCUCAAUGUUCUGGCUUUGCCUCCUACCAUCACGGAGGCCCCUGAGCAGAUGACCUUGGCUGUGGUGACAUCGAGAGCCACAUUGCGCUGCAGGGUGUUUGGUGCCCCGAAACCUGAAGUCAAGUGGAUGAAGGAGAACUCUGAACUGUCAGGAGGCCGCUCUAAAGUGCUUGACAGUGGGGACCUGCAGAUCGACAACCUCCUAGUAACAGAUCAGGGAGAAUACACCUGCUAUGCCAGCAACAAAUUUGGGGAUGCGUCAGCGUCAGGUGCUCUUGAAGUGAAAGGAAAGACACGCAUCACCCUACCUCCCGAAAACUAUGAGGUGGCAGCUGGCAAAAGUUCGACAUUCCGCUGUGGAGCAGAGGCUGAUCCUAGCCUGGAACUCAAGAUAAAUUGGCUCUUUAAUGGGGAACCUAUUGACCCGGAGUUAGAUGCACGAAUGCAGAAGGUCAGCGAUAACUCUCUAACAAUUACACGCACAAUGGAGCUGGAUUCUGGGACAUACACUUGUCUGGCGCAAACAGAGCUGGAUGACGACCGAGCCAGUGCUAAGCUGACUGUGCAAGAUGUCCCAAAUGCACCUGAGGUUGUGGAUGUCCAGUGCGAAACAUUCACUGCCCUUGUGGAAUGGAAGCCAACUGGAGAUCGUCGUGCCCCCAUCCUCUCUUAUUCCAUACAGUACAACACUUCCUUUACACCCGACAUUUGGGAGGAUGCCUUUGCCAACAUUCCUGCUCCAGACACAAAGUUCAAGGUGUCUAUGAGUCCAUGGGCCAACUAUACAUUCCGCGUUGUGGCACGCAACAAGAUUGGACCCUCACCACCGUCCCCACCCUUUGGCUACUGCAAGACACCUGAGGAAGUGCCCCACAAGAACCCUGACCGAGUGAACGGACGGGGAGAUCGGUCGGACAACCUUGUUAUAAACUGGGCACCGAUGUUGCCCAUCGAACACAAUGCACCUGGUUUCUUCUAUAAGGUAUUGUGGAAACGGGAUGAUUUGCCCGAUGCUGCCUGGAACUCCCGUAUCAUUGAAGACUGGCGUCAGCACUCGCACGUCGAGUACGGUCAGCCAACUUUUAAACCUUACCGUAUCAAAGUGGAAGCUCAUAAUAGCAAAGGCCAGGCACAUACUGCUGCGUCCCAGGUGCUUGGCCACUCUGGAGAAGACGUGCCCCUCUAUGCCCCACGUGACUUUAAGCUCGAAUCUGUCAUUGACUCUCGGUCUGCCAACUUCAGCUGGAGUGCCGUCAGCCCCGAGUCGGUUCGAGGUCACUUCCGCGGCUACAAGAUUCAGACGUGGACGCCCGACGAGGGAGACGAGAAACUACGUGAAGUUGUGGUGCCAUCCAAUGUAACAACAGCUCUGGUGACGCUCUUCAAACCCUACUCCCGAAACUUGGUGCAUGUGCUGGUAUUUAAUGACGCCUAUGAUGGUCCUCACUCGGACAGCAUUGAGUUCAGUACGCCAGAGGGUGUGCCGGGCCCUGUUGCAUCGUUUGAGGGCAUUCCCAUGGGUUCCACUGGGGUGUACUUGCUUUGGAAGAAGCCCUUGGAGACAAAUGGUGUGCUGACAGGGUACCACAUUUACUAUGAAGAAGUGAAGAACAUGGACUUGGGCCCUAAGCGGGAGAGACAUCCCCCAUUGCGAGAUCCACUGGAGUCUCGAGCCAAGCUAGCAGGUCUGAAGCCUAACACCAAGUAUCGCAUCACCAUCCAGGCAGCUACUCGCCAGGGACAGGGCGAGGAGUACUACAUUGAGGUUUCCACAGCGGAUGAAUCUGAAAGAGUGCCCGACGUGCCUGACUUUCUGUGGACAUACUUGCCGGACAGAGAUGGACAUGCAGCAGUGCAGGUGACAUGGCUUCCGGCCGUCACAGGGCAUCCUGGGUCGCACUUCUUUGUUCGGUACCGCAGAAAAGGUGACGAGAUCUGGGAAAGCACUAUGGUUGAAAAAAAUGAAGAUACCAUUUUAGUAAAGGGUCUGGAGACUGGAGCAAUCUACGAGAUGCAAGUGGUCGCAGUGGAUGGCAAGCACCAAAAACCAUCACGCAUUGAAGAAGUGGAAACCGGUGGUCUUGCAAUCCGUGCCCCCGGCAGUCCAGACAACGUGGCUGGGGCGGCCUGGUUUGUCGGCAUGAUGUGCGCCCUUGCUCUCCUCCUCCUGCUUCUGCUACUGGUGUGCCUCGUGAAACGCAACCGAGGAGGAAAGUAUUCUGUGCAUGACAAAGAAGUAGCCCAAGGCAGGGACCUCGACAUGCCGGAGGAGGAUGGUGGGUUUACGGAAUACACCAAGGCAGCACCACGUCUGCCAGCGAGCCGCAGCUCCCUGCAGUCAAGCGGCAAAGAGAGUGACACAGACAGCAUGGCAGAGUAUGGAGAGGGUGAAGCAGCUCAGUUUGGGGAAGAUGGCUCUUUUAUCGGCCAGUACGGGGCCAAGAAGAAACGGCCGCAGGAGCCCACGUCUCCCUCUGCACUCGCCACUUUCGUUUGAAAGGAAUCUCUUGAAAGCAUUCCCAGGUCUGGCUGUCGUUUGCGUGCAGUAGUGCUCGCAGUGAAAUAAUUUAUUUACUCUGUAACGGAAUCGCUCGAUUCUAGAUAUAUUGCCAGCCGCUUUGUAGUGUCCCGGAGCUUGUACAGCCACGCGUCGGACACAGCAGGUGUGAUGCAACACACACAGAGACUUCCUCAACGGAGAUCGUGGAAAUGGGCAGCAUCCUCCUUCGAGACUCACAAAAAUCAGAGGGUGUGCAGAUUGGUUAGUGUGAGGCUUACAGAAAAAUAAACAGCAUUUUUUCUUGUA